CGAAAGGAAGCGCUCAGUAGAGGGAGACAGAGGCUGCGAGAGGGGGAAGUAGUGCUGAACUCAUUCAAACUUCUGUCACAUCCACCGAGGGAAGGGAAGAAGGGAACCGGGCGGGGGGUUAUAAACAAGGCCAGUCCGGCCUACAAACAGCACACUGAGCCCCGGGGCCUCCCUGUACAGAGACAUAUGACCGGCCACCCCCGAUAAACACCACACGGCUGUCACACAAAGAGGAGAAUGGGGCACAUAGGCUGAGAGUGUCAGGCCUCCCCCCUCCUCCAUCCUCUCCCCUCCUCCUCCUCCUCAGUACCGGCACCACUAUGCCCAUCUUACUCUUCCUCCUAGACACGUCCGCGUCCAUGAACCAGCGCACCUACCUGGGCACUACCUACCUGGACAUAGCUAAGGGCGCUGUAGAGACGUUUAUGAAGCUCCGGUCUCGGGAUCCCGCCAGCAGAGGAGACAGGUACAUGCUGGUCACCCUGGAGGAGCCCCCGUAUGGCAUCAAGGUUGGUUGGAAAGAGAAUCAUGCUACCUUUAUGAACGAGCUGAAAAAUCUUCAAGCUGUGGGACUCACUACACUUGGUCAAGCCCUAAGGACAGCAUUUGAUUUGUUAAAUUUAAAUAGAUUAGUAACUGGCAUAGACAACUAUGGACAGGGAAGAAAUCCUUUCUUCUUGGAGCCUGCUAUCAUAAUUGCAAUAACAGAUGGAAGUAAACUUACGACAAACAGUGGUGUUCAGGAGGAACUCCACCUGCCUUUAAUGUCUCCAUUACCUGGAAGCGAGUUAACAAAAGAGCCAUUUCGGUGGGAUCAGAGACUUUUUGCCUUAGUCCUUCGAAUACCUGGCGCAACAUCUGUUGAACAAGAACAGGUGACCUCUGUCCAGCUGGAUGACUCUUCAAUCACUCCUAUGUGUGAUGUCACUGGAGGUCGCUCAUACGGGGUGUUCUCACAGCGAAUGUUGAAUCAGUGUUUGGAGUCAUUGGCACAAAAAGUUAAAAGUGGUGUGGUGAUAAACUUUGAAAAAUCUGGACCCGAUCCUUCACUUACUGAUUCAGAUGGAAUUACAGAUAACAUCAAAGCAGUUGGAGUCCAGCCUUGGCACAGCUGUCGAAAAUUAAUUUAUGUUAAACCAAAUCCUAAAACUGGCGUACCUCUUGGUCAUUGGCCUUUACCAGAAUCCUUCUGGCCAGAUCAGAAUUCUCCAACACUACCCCCACGAUCCUCACAUCCCGUUGUGAAGUUUUCCUGCACGAAUUCUGAACCGAUGGUCAUAGAUAAGCUACCAUUUGACAAGUAUGAGUUGGAGCCAUCGCCACUGACGCAGUAUAUAUUGGAAAGAAAAUCUCCACAUACGUGUUGGCCCGUAUUUGUAGCAAACAGUGCCAAGUACAGUGAACUUGGCCAUCCUUUUGGCUACUUGAAAGCUAGCACUGCCCUGAAUUGUGUCAAUUUGUUUGUGAUGCCUUAUAACUACCCUGUUCUUCUCCCUUUAUUAGACGACUUGUUUAAACUACACAAGGCUAAACCAUCUUUAAAGUGGAGACAACUUUUUGAAAACUACUUGAAAUCCAUGCCACCAUACUAUAUGGGACCUCUAAGGAAAGCCCUAAGCAUGAUGGGUGCUCCAAACCUCAUUUCAGAAAACAUGGAAUAUGGAUUAAGCUACAGCAUUGUCUCCUACCUCAAAAAACUUGGCCUACAGGCCAAAAUGGAAUACGAUCGAGUUAUAAGCUCUAUCGGAAAAAAAUGUCCACAGGAAACCGGCAUCAAAGUAAGAAAUGGCAAAACUCUACCUUCACUGGCUGCCAGGAAGGAUUUUAAAGAACUGUUGCAGGAAAUUACAGGUGAAGUCCCACAGAGGCAGCCUGAUGUAAAUGUGAAGGAGUUUUCUGGUUUCCAGAUAGCCCUGCUGAAUAAGGAUCUGAAACCACAGACUUUUAGAAAUGCCUAUGACAUAUCUAGAAGCAGUCUCCUAGAUCACCUGACCAGAAUGAGGACAAAUCUUCUCAAAUCAAAUCGCAAGUUCUUCAGCGUGCAAGACGAAGAUCACUUGCAUAGCGUACCCAUAGUGCAAAUGGGAAAUUAUCAGGAAUAUCUAAGAAACAUCCCUUCACCCUUAAGAGAGCUGGAUGCUGACCAGCCGAAAAGACUACACACAUUUGGAAAUCCUUUUAAACUGGACAAAAAGGGUAUGAUGAUUGAUGAAGCAGAUGAAUUUGUGUCUGGACAUCAAAGCAAGCACAAGCGCCCAGGAGAGCCCAGCAUGACUGGCAUCCCAAAGAGGAGGCGAUGUAUGUCACCUCUGCUAAGAAGCCGGCCUGCGUCUCCUGUUGUAAACAAUCACAUAGGAGGAAAAAGUCCCCCAUCUGUCACACAAGUUUCAUCGGAUUUACCGAAAACAGAAGAUGAACAUAAACAUCCUGUUAUUACUAACAAUUUGACUGCUGCAGUUGAAAACCAUGUCGAGGACCAACUUGCCCCAGAUCUGUUCAUGGAUACCUCAGAGCAGUUUGAGACUUUGUCGCAGGUUUCCUUGAACUCUCUGGAUAGUGGAGACGAUUCCGCUGACUAUGGAGACUCCGAUGGAUUUACUAAUAAAACAGAGGAGUUUAUUGAAAAUCCAAAACAGUCGGAGAGUUUGGGCAACUGCUUUGGAAAUGACAGAACAGCACUUUCGCUCAAGAUGAGGCGGUUGCGACCUUGCCGGAGUCACGAGGAAGUCAACACAGAGCUGAAAAUUAGAAUAAUGAAAGAGAUUAGGAAGCCAGGGAGGAAGUAUGAGCCUAUCUUUGCUUUGCUACAAGAAGUAGAAGGCAGUCUACAAACACGGCUUUUCUUCUUGCAAACUGUCAUCAAAGAGGCAGCAAGGUUUAAAAAGCGGAUGUUGAUAGAGCAGUUGGAAAAUUUUCUAGAAGAGAUUCACAGAAGAUCAAACCAGUUGAACCACUUCAGCGACUGUUAAAUGAGCCAAAGGAAAACCCUUGUAUGCUGGUGGGCACAAGGUGUGAACGGUGGUGGUUGCCACAUUUUUCUAUACCAUCUUUGCAAUGACUUAUUGUACCCUAAUAUGCUUCCAUUUUUUUCUUCUAUGGAAAAUUAUGCCUUUAUAUGGAGUAACGGAAAGUUUUUAGAAGUUCCCAGCGGUCACUGACCAGCUAUGCUGAUCUUUCUCAGGUUCCACAGCUGACUCUUAGCCCUCACAUUCACGUUUACUCACUGGCUAGGAUAAAUUAUUUUUUUUGCCAAAAUCUGAUUGGACUUCUAAAGGUUGUUCCACCUUUAGAGAAGUUCAAUCAGGUUUUUACCAAAAAAAGUUUUGCCAAAACUUUCCAUUGCUAAAACUGGUUUUGGCAAUGGAAGUGUGAACACUCUGCAUUCAACAUGUAUGCUGGACAGGAGACCUUUUAAAUGCAGUCCCAGGUUUGUAAUUAAAACAUAGCUAGGCAGAAGCACAUAUGUUGAAACAAGGUAAUAUUUUGUAUAUAAUUAUUUUGAAUAUAUUGUAAGUUGUACAGUUGUAUUUUGAAAACUAUUUAAACAGAGGCACUUUUGUUAUUCCAUCAAUAAAAAAAAUCUCUAUUUUAAUAUUUUUGCAAAAUCUA